UAAUCUGCACACUGCACAUGCGCGUCGGCUGCUCUUUAGAUCGCAAAUGCUAUAUUUACGCUUCAAAAGAGAUUCUCAAACCAUGGAUUUCUGGUGGUGUCUAUUUUUGAUGAUAACGAGUGUCCCAGUGCGGAGCGAUGACGAACCCGUGGAUCCCUGCACCACGGCCCACGUUCUCGAUAAGAUGGAUCUCAGGUUUAAAGAUAAUAUCGCCCCCAACGCCUCCAUGCUGUUGUGUGAUCGCUUCCGGUUGGGAAGUGGGACAUGGGUGAGGGCAGACGGACAGGACCUGCUUCAAACAGAACCAAAACCACACGAAACGUGCGGAACUCGAUAUCCGAUCUGGAUGAAAGAACCUCUGCCCGAUACUAUUGGUAACCUGAUAGAGACGGACGCUUGUGUUGUGGGCCUCAAAGGAACAUGUACAAAAACACUUCCUAUCAAGAUUAAGAAAUGUGUGGGAUACAAUGUCUAUUUCCUGACCCCGCCCACUUCCUGUUCCAAAGCUUAUUGUUUCCAAUAUGCUGCAAAAGGUACCCCUCCAACUGAGGUGAUUUCUCAGCCGGUGGUGAGGUAUGAGUUGGUUACAAAGAAAAAGUAUAUAACGUACCAGGAACUGCAAUUCUCGUGCCACUUCCCGCCGACAAAGACGGACUACUACUACCAAGUGAUAUGGUACGUAGAGGACACUCCCACCGUCAUAACGGAACCCCUGAAGAAGAAUGACCUGCGGAAGACAAACUUGGGCUACAGUGAAGGCGACCCCACCAAGGGAUACACAAAGCUCGGAAUAAACGUGAAAUGUUCCGUGAGGCUAAAAGUGACCCCGGAAGGGCCCCCAGGCCCUAUGUCCAAGCUCAGUCAGAACUUCUUCGCCGGAAUUGAGGUAGUUUCCACAACAGUGAACAUAGACAGAGACAAACCUAUGGGUAAGAUUUUCGUUAAAUUGACCGUCCCCUUCGGUUGUCCCAUCAUGCCGGAUGGCAGUGUGGAAAAAUGCGGGCUAGAUAUCGAAAUGAACGUCCCCAGGGAUCCGAUGAAGUGUUCAUCCGAAAUCAAAGCUGCGAAAGCUGUGGACUUAAUAGGCAAAGGGAGAAACUGUGGGUGCAAAAUAUGGAAUGAUGAGUGGGAUGAUACGAAGUCUAUUCCUAUAGCAUUCAUCGACAAACCAGAAUAUAAGUUAGACCUUCCAGACUCCGCAGAUGGCGCUUUUCGGAUUGGCUUGGUUACUGGCGGGAAGGAGGAGAAUCCUGCAUGGAGUGGAAUUGAGCUUCAGGAUGUCCACGUGCAUGUGCACGACAGUUCUGAUAUUUGGCAGGGUCGAAAGUGUGCUGCUUUAAACGAUCCACACAUGUAUACGUUCGACGGAAAACCCUACGAGAAUCAGAAUCCGGGAAUGUUUAUUCUUUAUAUUGGAAAGAGUGUUGAAUACCCCAUAGAGGUCCAGAUAGAAACUACUCUGUGCAACAAAAACCCUUCCAGUAAACCAUUCUGUGUGUGUGCUAUAGCAGUGCGAGCAGGGGGUGAUGUUUUCAUCAUAGACAGAUGCCCAGAUAGACGCAUUCAAAUAAAAUACUUGUCUUGCAGAGAGAAUCUUUUAGACGCUCGUACGGAAUCGGAAAUGGAAUACAAGAUAUAUUUUCCUAGUGGUACAUACGUCCACGCAAUGUUACAAGACUAUACCGGAGUAAGAACAAUCAAUGUUCAUAUUUACCCAUCCAAAACCGAUAAAGACGAGACUCUGGGGUUGUGUGGAACUCUAAACGGAAACCAGAACGACGACUUCAUGGACAGAGAUGGAAAUUUAUUAAGCAGAGAAAACUUUAUUAAACAUUGGAGUAUCACUAAGGAGGACUUUUUGGUGCUUAUGAAUGAAGAUAAACUGUAUGAUCUGUCACCUUGGAAGGCCAGUGCACUCUACUGUACCUGUCCGCACGAAGAUGUUCCCGGUGAUCGGCCGGAAGACAUUGGACAGUGCUCAGAGGACACCAUUGUCAAGUGCGCCAAGGAAGAUAACCCAGCUCUCAACAGGAACAAGUGUAAAAUCCGUUCUAGACGGGCUGCCGUAAGACCGUUCUCCUACAAAAUGGUGGAGAUCUCAGACUAUCAGUUCACAAACAAAGAGGAGGUAGACGUAUAUCGUAGUAAACGAGAGGCAGAAGUCCACUGGACACGGGAGACAGCCACGGAGUUCUGCAAUACCUACAUGAAAAAGUCACAGACAUUCAAUGCUUGUAGUGAGGUUCCUAGUGUCAGUUCUGACUUCUUGAUAGAGAACUGUGUGCUGGAUAUAUUGUUAACAAACUCCACUGUUUGGUCGGCUGGAAAUCGUGAAGCCUUGCGGACUACUUGCAUGAAAGAACUUUCCCAAAAUACGACUCUCAAAGAGGAGAAAGAGGAAGGAAAACCGUCCAUUGUACAACAGAUCAAGAAGAUAGCGUGUUUAAACGAAUGCAGUGGACACGGCACGUGUGUUAAUGGAACAUGUGAUUGUGAAGAAGGCUAUGGGGCAAAGGAUUGUUCCAUGGAUUUGAACAAGCCCCCUGUUGUAUAUGGAGUUAACAUGGAUGAAGGUGGUCUUUGUGAUAAGAGAACUUGCCAGAGGGCUCUGGUAGAGGGCUAUGGAUUCCUGGAUCGGCAGACUCUGCAAUGUUUACUGACGGUGUUCCAGGUGACAGAAAACAAGAUGCUUGUAGGGGAGGUAACUCAGUAUACAGUACCAGGUGAGCAUGACAGUAUAGCCGAAGUAUUUUGUCCCCUGGGACCAGCAAGGAGAAGACGAGCUGUCAGUCAGGGGUUCGUGAGGGGGAUAAACAUCUCUGUAGCUAAUAAUGGCCGGAACUUCAGCUCCAGUCACGCUAUUUAUGUACUGGAUGGAAUUUGUCAGGACACCGUCAAUGUAUCAGGAGACAUUCAGUUUACUCUUAGGAGAGGAUACUGUUACAUAGGAGGACGGUGUUUUGUGGAUGGGACUGCUCAUGAGACAGAAGAGUGCUUCAAUUGCAACUUCAGUAAAAAUACAAGAGGGUGGAGUAAAGUGGACGAUUGCCAUGGUAUGAUGGAUAAAACUGAACCAGAACCGGAACCGGAAGUAGAAGACUUUUCAACAGUAGUUAUUGUAAUAGUGAUAGUGUGUGUUUUGGUUGUUUUUGCAAUUGUGGUGGCAGUUGUCUUGUUUGUAAAGAGGAAAAAAUCAGCACAAUCAUUCACAAUAAAAUCGGAAGAGAAAGUUGCCUACAGCGAGGUGGCCACGUCGGAGGAUACCUGAGCCUGGGUGGUGCUGGGAGGAAUCUGCUGUAGUUCUCCCACACUGAGCUUAUAGCAUUUUAACAUUCGUUAUAUUGAAACUGAAAAACUAAAGAAUCUGAAAGAUUCUAAAACUGAAAUAAGUGGGGGAUAAAAAGUGUGAGAAAGGGAAUGGGUGUUUUAAGUCUACGUGCUUGCGUACUACACAUUUUAUUCAUUAAUUAAGAUUAUGCUCGAUCUAAAUUUCGUCAUGGUGCUUAAAUCCUUUUAUGAAUUGUUUUCCAAAAAGUUACCUUUGGGCUUUCGUGGAUUUGCAUUGGUCUCUCAUCAAGUAAUUAGUUAUAAUAUUUACUGUUGAUAGCUAGAAAAAUCAUUUGUAAACAUUUGUUCGUCGGUAAUGUGCGUUACAAUGAAUGUUAUUGGUUUUGUAACCUCAACUAUUUGUUCAUUUUUCGUGAAUUAAUCUCCUUGUACAGUGUAUGUGUCAGUCUUAAAUGUUAGGAUCUAGAUAUAAUUCUCCCAACUUCAAAACUUGACAUAACUCUAUAUACCAAGUUCAAGAAAUAGUCACCUAACAUCAUUAGCUCUCAUCACGAAUUUUUGCAGAGGGUGUUUAAAUAAAUUUCGUUUAACAUGACUAUAAGAUCGAACUUUUUCUGAAGAACAGCUUCAUGUCCUCCAGACUUUACAAACUUAUUAGUCUGAUCACUGAUAGACAAAGCUUCAUGUAUUCCAGACUUUACAGACUCAUUAGUCUGAUCACUGAUAGACAAAGCUUCAGGUACUCCAGACUUUACAGACUCAUUAGUCUGAUCACUGAUAGACAAAGCUUCAGGUACUCCAGACUUUACAAACGCAUUAGUCUGAUUACUGAUAGACAAAGCUUCAGGUACUCCAGACUGUACAAACUCAUUAGUCUGAUUACUGAUAAACAAAGCUUUAGGUACUCCAGACUGUACAAACUCAUUAGUCUGAUCACUGAUAGACAAAGCUUCAGGUACUCCAGACUUUACAGACUCAUUAGUCUGAUCACUGAUAGACAAAGCUUCAUGUCCUUCAGACUUUACAAACUCAUUAGUCUGAUUAUUGAUAGACAAAACUUCAGGUACUCCAGACUUUACAAACUUAUUAGUCUGAUUACUGAUAGACAAAGCUUCAUGUCCUCCAGACUGUACAAACUCAUUAGUCUGAUCACUGAUAGACAAAGCUUCAUGAACGCCAGACUUUACAAACUCAUUAGUCUGAUUACUGAUAGACAAAGCUUCAUGUCCUCCAGACUCUACAACUCAUUAGUCUGAUCACUGAUAGACAAAGCUUCAGGUCCUCCAGACUCUACAACUCAUUAGUCUGAUCACUGAGAGACAAAGCUUCAGGUCCUCCAGACUCAACAACUCAUUAGUCUGAUCACUGAGAGACAAAGCUUCAUGUCCUCCAGACUCUACAACUCAUUAGUCUGAUCACUGAUAGACAAAGGUUCAGGUCCUCCAGACUCUACAACUCAUUAGUCUGAUCACUGAGAGACAAAGCUUCAUGUCCUCCAAACUCUACAACUCAUUAGUCUGACCACUGAUAGACAAAGCUUCAUGUCCUCCAGACUCUACAACUCAUUAGUCUGAUCACUGAUAGACAAAGGUUCAGGUACUCCAGACUCUACAACUCAUUAGUCUGAUCACUGAGAGACAAAGCUUCCUGUCAGACUUUACAAACUCAUUAGUCUGAUCACUGAGAGACAAAGCUUCAGGUACUCCAGACAUUACAAACUCAUUAGUCUGAUCACUGAGAGACAAAGCUUCCUGUCAGACUUUACAAACUCAUUAGUCUGAUCACUGAGAGACAAAGCUUCAGGUACUCCAGACAUUACAAACUCAUUAGUCUGAUCACUGAUAGACAAAGCUUCCUGUCAGACUCUACAACUCAUUAGUCUGAUCACUGAUAGACACAGCUUCCUGUCAGACUCUACAUCUCAUUAGUCUUAUCUCCGUUGGACACGGGUUUAUUUCAGUUGUCUAGAGGUUUUAAAGGUGUCCCUUUGCAACUGGUGGCCCGGGUUCGAUGGACCUGGUGAUCCUGGUGACACGUUAAAUUUAAGAUCUAUAAUCUAGGUAGUGAGCAUUUUUUCGCCAAGCGCUCGGCAUUAGAAGUGAAGGUCACGGACGAGGACAUGAUCUUAAAACGGAGGUCUUAUGUCACGAUUUGUGUUGGCACAAUGAAGAACCCUCAUUGCUUUAUAUUAUUACAUUUAAUUGAGAUCAGAGAGAAAGUUACUGUUGUGUUGUUGUUGUUGUCUUUAUUAACAUGUACAUGAAUUUUAUAUCUUUGUAUGGGUGUAUAAUGAAACCAUAUUCGUAGUGUAUAUGUGUAUUUACUUUUUCUAUUGCUCUUUGUUUCAAUAUCAAGGGACCGUAAUUUCAUUCGGACUUAUCUCACUUUAGCAGUAUUUCGUAAAUUUAUUUUCAGGUUGAGAGUCACUUGGACGAUUUAUUGCGAAUAUGUUUUUUCCGUUUAUGAUGGUGUGUUAGCUUGUAACAUGAAUUAAUUUCUUAAGUCCUGUUUCCAUUGAUUGUUAGGAAUGAGAUCAAACUCCGCGUGUGUGUGUUAGGAAUGACAUCAAACUUCGUGUGUGUAUUAGGAAUGAGAUCAAACUUCAUGUGUGUGUUAGGGAUGAGAUCAAACUCCAUGUGUGUGUUAGGGAUGAGAUCAAACUUCAUGUGUGUGUUAGGGAUGAGAUCAAACUCCAUGUGUGUGUUAGGGAUGAGAUCAAACUCCAUGUGUGUGUUAGGAAUGAGAUCAAACUUCAUGUGUGUGUUAGGAAUGAGAUCAAACUUCGUGUGUGUGUUAGGGAUGAGAUCAAACUUCGUGUGUGUGUUAGGGAUGAGAUCAAACUCCAUGUGUGUGUUAGGGAUGAGAUCAAACUUCGUGUGUGUGUUGGGGAUGAGAUCAAACUUCAUGUGUGUGUUAGGAAUGAGAUCAAACUUCGUGUGUGUGUUAGGGAUGAGAUCAAACUUCGUGUGUGUGUUAGGGAUGAGAUCAAACUCCAUGUGUGUGUUAGGAAUGAGAUCAAACUUCGUGUGUGUGUUAGGGAUGAGAUCAAACUUCGUGUGUGUGUUAGGGAUGAGAUCAAACUUCGUGUGUGUGUUAGGGAUGAGAUCAAACUCCGUGUGUGUGUGUUAGGAAUGAGAUCAAACUUCGUGUGUGUGUUAGGGAUGAGAUCAAACUUCGUGUGUGUGUUAGGAAUGAGAUCAAACUUCGUGUGUGUGUUAGGGAUGAGAUCAAACUCCGUGUGUGUGUGUUAGGAAUGAGAUCAAACUUCGUGUGUGUGUUAGGGAUGAGAUCAAACUUCGUGUGUGUGUGUUAGGGAUGAGAUCAAACUCCAAGUGUGUGUUAAGGAUGAGAUCAAACUUCGUGUGUGUGUUAGGAAUGAGAUAAAACUCCGUGUGUGUGUUAGGGAUGAGAUCAAACUUCGUGUGUGUGUUAGGGAUGAGAUCAAACUCCAUGUGUAUGUUAGGAAUGAGAUCAAACUCCGUGUGUGUGUUAGGAAUGAGAUCAAACUCCGUGUGUGUGUUAGGGAUGAGAUCAAACUUCGUGUGUGUGUUAGGGAUGAGAUCAAACUCCAUGUGUAUGUUAGGAAUGAGAUCAAACUUCGUGUGUUUGUUAGGAAUGAGAUCAAACUCCGUGUGUGUGUGUUAGGGAUGAGAUCAAACUUCGUGUGUGUGUUAAGGAUGAGAUCAAACUUCGUGUGUGUGUUAGGAGUGAGAUCAAACUCCAUGUGUGUGUUAGGGAUGAGAUCAAACUUCGUGUGUGUGUUAGGGAUGAGAUCAAACUUCGUGUGUGUGUUAGGGAUGAGAUCAAACUCCAUGUGUUUGUUAGGAAUGAGAUCAAACUUCGUGUGUGUGUUAGGAAUGAGAUCAAACUUCGUGUGUGUGUUAGGGAUGAGAUCAAACUUCGUGUGUGUGUUAGGGAUGAGAUCAAACUCCAUGUGUAUGUUAGGAAUGAGAUCAAACUCCGUGUGUGUGUUAGGAAUGAGAUCAAACUCCGUGUGUGUGUUAGGGAUGAGAUCAAACUUCGUGUGUGUGUUAGGGAUGAGAUCAAACUCCAUGUGUUUGUUAGGAAUGAGAUCAAACUUCGUGUGUGUGUUAGGAAUGAGAUCAAACUUCGUGUGUGUGUUAGGGAUGAGAUCAAACUUCGUGUGUGUGUUAGGGAUGAGAUCAAACUCCAUGUGUAUGUUAGGAAUGAGAUCAAACUCCGUGUGUGUGUUAGGAAUGAGAUCAAACUCCGUGUGUGUGUUAGGGAUGAGAUCAAACUUCGUGUGUGUGUUAGGGAUGAGAUCAAACUCCAUGUGUAUGUUAGGAAUGAGAUCAAACUUCGUGUGUUUGUUAGGAAUGAGAUCAAACUCCGUGUGUGUGUGUUAGGGAUGCGAUCAAACUUCGUGUGUGUGUUAGGGAUGAGAUCAAACUUCGUGUGUGUGUUAGGGAUGAGAUCAAACUACAUGUGUGUGUUAGGGAUGAGAUCAAACUUCGUGUGUGUGUUAGGGAUGAGAUCAAACUCCAUGUGUGUGUUAGGAAUGAGAUCAAACUCCGUGUGUGUGUUAUGGAUGAGAUCAAACUUCGUGUGUGUGUUAGGGAUGAGAUCAAACUUCGUGUGUGUGUUAGGGAUGAGAUCAAACUCCAUGUGUGUGUUAGGGAUGAGAUCAAACUCCAUGUGUGUGUUAGGAAUGAGAUCAAACUCCAUGUGUGUGUUAGGGAUGAGAUCAAACUUCGUGUGUGUGUUAGGGAUGAGAUCAAACUUCGUGUGUGUGUUAGGGAUGAGAUCAAACUCCAUGUGUAUGUUAGGAAUGAGAUCAAACUCCGUGUGUGUGUUAGGAAUGAGAUCAAACUCCGUGUGUGUGUUAGGGAUGAGAUCAAACUUCGUGUGUGUGUUAGGGAUGAGAUCAAACUCCAUGUGUAUGUUAGGAAUGAGAUCAAACUUCGUGUGUUUGUUAGGAAUGAAAUCAAACUUCGUGUGUGUGUUAGGGAUGAGAUCAAACUUCGUGUGUGUGUUAGGAAUGAGAUCAAACUCCAUGUGUGUGUUAGGGAUGAGAUCAAACUUCGUUUGUGUGUUAGGGAUGAGAUCAAACUCCGUGUGUGUGUUAGGAAUGAGAUCAAACUCCAUGUGUGUGUGUUAGGGAUGAGAUCAAACUCCGUGUGUGUGUUAGGGAUGAGAUCAAACUCCGUGUGUGUGUUAGGGAUGAGAUCAAACUCCGUGUGUGUGUUAGGGAUGAGAUCAAACUUCGUGUGUGUGUUAGGGAUGAGAUCAAACUCCGUGUGUGUGUUAGGAAUGAGAUCAAACUUCAUUUGUACUUCUUUGUUGCGUUGUCUCAAUUUGUAAUUUUUGGGGGUAUAUAUUGUGUGGUAUGAAGUCUCAAACUCAUAAGAAGAAAUAGUUUGCAAAAUUUACCUUUGCAGCAGCUUUGAUGCAGUGCAGCCUAUCAGCCUUAUAGGAAGUGGGUGGGAUCAUUAUUAAGUGAUUAUGAUGUCAUAUUUCACUUUUCAUAAGAAUUCUAAGUUGUACAUAAUAAUAUGUAAAAUGUUACUUCAAUGUGUCCUAAAAGUACGCUUUGAUGUUAUGCAAUUCAUGUGUUCGACUCGCCUCUUUCUCGCUUUAAUCAUUCGUACUCAUCUGUCAUCACACACAGCUUUUGACAAAUUCAUGUUUCUAUUGUGAUGAAUGUAAUCUGUAACCGGAUAACAAUAAAUUCUUUGGCAGUCAUAUUUAGUCUUGAUGGAUGAUGCAGUUUUGUACUUUAUGAAAAAGUGGGUAGUUAGAAAUUUUGGAAGCACAUUUACGUAAAUCUUAAAGUGUAGGAAACUUUUUAUUGAGACAAAUGGAUUCUUUAUAGGAGUUAUCAGAUUCGUCACUAUUCGUUGUCUUCACUUAUUUUGCAAAGUAAACAGUAUUUGUCAAAUUGUGUUUCUUGUGCUUUGUUUGCCAUCAAAGAACAAACGUAACAUACGGAGACAAGAAAGAAAAGUUUUGAUUUUAUUAUUUCAGUAUUUGUAAUGCUUCAUACGCUGGUAGAUAAUUUAUCAAAUGUUUAUACUGAGUAAGUGUCAGUUACAAAGUGAUACAAAGAUAUUCAGUCUGGUAGAUUUGUCUUCAAAACAACAAAAUGUAAUGACUUCCCUUUAACAUUUUAGGAAUAUCCCUACACCUGUACUUUUCAUUAUUUUCUUUUCUAACUCCAAAUAUCCAAUUUGUUUCAUGCCGAAUUCGAAAUGUUAUUAGUGUUGAAUCCAAGACCGCAAAAAGAGCACUUUUCAUCACUCAGGAAGGGCAAUUUGAUAUCGAUUAUAUGUUACAUUAAAUUGAAAUGCGCAAAUGAAGUCAUUUUAACUUCUUUACUUUUAAACACGAUGUGGUCUCAUUUACAGAGCUACGAUGGAGAUUUCUCUUCAUCUGAAGUAUAACUGGGUUGUUUUAUCUACAUGAUGUGAAGAUUCUUCGUAAAGAGUUCAUGUUCAAUAUGCUAACUUGCACGUUUCAAGAAGGGUUGCAUGCACUACGAAAUAAAUCACGUGACUCUUAUCAUGUUAAUGCACAAAGUAUAGCACUAUAGUUACUAUGAAUGACUCCCGUUAACAUGGGAAGAUUUGUGGUUUUAUUUCUUGUCAUCGUUUGUGAGGUGUGGUAUGUGUCCGCGGAUUGUCCCAAUAACUGGACUCGACAUCUCGAUUCCUGCUAUCUCUUUGUCACUCGGAUCCCGUUGAAGUGGACGGCAGCUUGGGACUUCUGCAAGAACUACGGAGGAGCGUUAGCAGAGGUAGACUCCAUAUCGGAAAACAACUUUCUCAAAAAUCAGGCCAAGCAAUUUGGAGGCAGUUUUUGGCUGGGAGGUACAGACAUUAUUGUUGAGGGGGAGUGGGAAUGGAUGAGCAGUCACAGACGCGUCUCUUUCACAGACUGGGGGCCGGGGGAGCCCAGUGACUCUGGAGGAACCACUGACCAUUGUCUGGACCUGCACAUAGGUCUUAACGAGGCCUGGAACGAUGCCUCGUGCGGCACUAAGAAUUAUUUCAUAUGUGAAAGACUAGUCGAGCUUGGUGACGAUUGAUUGGAUGGAUUGUCAUAGUUCUGAAAUGAGGUUUUCCUAAUGACAAUAAACACGUGUGUAAAUGUC